AUGCAUACAACUGCUGCUCUUCUCCCCACUGUGUUUGAAGUGGAUCCUUACGUGGAUGAAGUGGUAAGGGAAUUCUACUCCAACAUCGCAAGACUGAAAGGUAGGGACUGUGGUCGGCACUGUGUAUACAUCCGCGGGUUGAUGUACGAGUUUACACCAAAAAUCAUCAACUCAAUGUUCCAACUUCCUCACAUCCCUUACAACUUGAGCGAGCAUGUUACAGAUCGGCCAAAUGCUCCAUGA